ACCAGAGAUUCAGAGAGAGAAAGAAACCAGAAAACACUGAAACAGACAGAGUGAGAGGACAAUCCGUGGAUAAUCAGCUUCAUUUUUUACCCUUAAACAACUUCAUCUGGUGGAGAUUUUUUUCCAGAAGAAGCUGAGAUCUUUAUUUCCCAUCCAAGGCUGAUUAUUGUGGAUGCCUCGUUAUGUAAGCCAUUGCUUCUUCCGCCCUGGAUCUUUUCGACCUUCUGAACUCGGUCACUUCUCUUUCAUUCAGAUCUGAAACUGUCAGAUCCAAGGGACUUUUUUCAGCCCUUCAUCCCAGUUGGAUUCUUCUUUAGCCAUGUUGCGCUGCGUACUUCAGCGGGCUAACAACCUCAGGCGAUCUGACCCUCUGGCCAGUGUCACGUUUAGAGGGUCAAAGAAGAAGACAAAGGUCAUUAAAAACAACCCCAACCCGGUCUGGAACGAGGGAUUUGAAUGGGACCUAAAGGGGAUUCCUCUGGACUCUGGAGCAGAAAUUCACUGUGUGGUCAAAGAUCAUGAGAAAAUGGGAAGAAACAGGUUUCUGGGUGAAUGUCGCCUCGGUCUCAGAGACGUUCUCAACUCUCCCAACUUUGCUGCCACCUUCACCGUCUCCCUGUUGGACACAAAGAGGAACAACACCGGGGCCACGCUGACCCUGCAGGUCUCCUACAUCCCUCCUCCAGGAUCGGCUCCCGUUUUCCAUCCUCCCUCACAGCCGGAGUCCCUUCCUCACAGCAACCCCAACAUAGAGCUGGACACAGUUACAAUGAUUUCUCUGGAUACUCUGGGCGAGGAGGACACAGAGAGCAUGAUCAUGGUGGAGCCUGCGGAGGAACCGGGAGUUGACGACAGUCAGUCCCUGGUGAUCGUCGGCCCCCCAGGGCCUCCUGGCCAGGAGUCGCCCACCAACCAGACGCCCAAACGCUUCCCGCCGGCCUACAACACGCAUGGAGGGCUGAGGAAGAGGAGGAGAGGCACCAGCAGUCAGCCCAAACAGCUGGCCAACAAACCUCAGGACAUACAGGUUCGUGUUCGGGUCGUUGAAGCUCGACAGUUACCUGGAGUCAACAUCAAACCCGUAGUGAAGGUGGCAGUCGCCGGGCAGACUAAGAGAACCCGCAUCAGAAAGGGAAACAACCCAGUCUUCGAUGAGACAUUCUUCCUGAACUUUUAUGAGACGCCUUCAGAGCUGUUUGACGAACCCAUCUUCAUCACUGUGUGUGACUCUCGCUCACUAAGAACUGAUGCUGUAAUCGGUGAAUUCAAGUUGGAUGUCGGCACUGUCUACAAUGAACACAGACAUUGCUUUUUGAGGAAAUGGCUUCUGCUGUGUGACCCUGACGACCUCUCUGCCGGGGUCAGAGGUUACCUGAAAGUCAGCGUGUUUGUCCUGGCAGCUGGAGAUGAACCACCGGCUGAUAAACGGGAGUGUGUUGAGGAGAAAGAGGACAUCGAAGGAAACCUGCUGAGACCGGCCGGCCUCUCUCUGAGAGGGGCCGUCUUCACGCUCAGGAUCUUCAGAGCUGAAGAUUUACCUCAAAUGGACGACGCCUUCAUGGAUGGAAUGAGGCAGAUUCUUGGGUUUGACACCAACAGAAAGAACUUGGUGGAUCCAUUGGUGGAGAUCCACUUUGCUGGAAAAACGGUCUGCACCAAGAUUUUGGAGAAAAACGCCAAUCCUCAGUGGAACCAAAGCCUGGCAAUGCCAAUUAGAUUUCCCUCAAUGUGUGAGAAGAUGAGGAUUCGAAUUGUGGACUGGGACAGAGCUAGUCACAACGACGUGAUCGGUACCACCCACCUCUGCAUGUCUAAGAUCUCGGCCCCUGGAGGAGAGAUCGACGAUGACUUGACUCCUCGGACCGUCCACUCAGGCAUUGAUGACAGCCUUGGUUUCCUGCCGACAUUUGGGCCGUGUUUUGUCAAUCUGUACGGGAGUCCCAGAGAGUUCACCGCCUUUAACGACCCUCAUGAAGCUCUAAACCUGGGAAAAGGUGAAGGCGUGGCGUACCGCGGCAGAGUUUUACUUGAACUGACCACCAAGCUGACGGAGAAGCCGGAGCACCGAGCAGAAGACGUCCCAUCAGACGACCUGCUGGUGGUGGAGAAGUUCCUCAGAAAGAGGAAGUUUUCUCUGUUUGUGGCGUUUUACUCAGCCACGCUCCUGCAAGACGUCGACGACGCCAUCCAGUUUGAGGUCAGCAUCGGUAACUAUGGCAACAAGUUCGACUAUACCUGCCUCCCUCUGGCCUCCACCACACAGUUCAGCAGGGCCGUGUUUGACGGUUGCCACUACUAUUACCUCCCCUGGGGAAACAUCAAGCCGGUGGUAGUUCUGUCGUCAGAGUGGGAAGACAUUCGACCGAGGAUUGAGGCUCUCAACAUGCUGCUCGCCAUCAUAGACAGACUGGAGACAAACCUGCAGCAGGUGCAGCUGGAGGUCAAGGCAGGGAGCGAUAUGGAGGACGUAGAGCUGCGAGUUGUAGAGCUGCUGGAUCAUCUAAUCGCAGACUGCAGUGAGGAGCUGCCCGCUCUCGACCAGUGGCAGUGUGCCACUCCUCUCGAUCGCUCGCUCAGGCACAUCCGCAGCCUCCACCUGCAGCAGAUCAUGGCGGCGGCGCUGACGCUGAAACAUGGGCCAGAAACCGAGCUUUCUUUGGUGCUGGAGCAGGCAGAGGACUGGGCCAACCGACUGAGGACGAUCGCUGAGGAGCCUCAGAACAGCCUUCCAGACAUUGUGAUCUGGAUGCUGCAGGGUGACCGCCGGGUUGCGUAUCACCGCAUCCCAGCGCACACAGUCCUCUUCUCGCAGCAGUACUGUGGGAAACACUGCGGACAGCUGCAGAGUGUCUUUCUCAAGUACCCGCAGGGCAGGGGCGGAGAAGCCAAACUUCCGGGUCAGCUGAGGGUGAAGGUGUGGUUCGGACUAGCUGCUGACGCCAAACACUUCAACCAGUUUGUUGAAGGAAAACUGUCCGUGUUUGCUGAGAUGUACGAGAACCAGACCCGGCUGGCUCUGGUGGGAAGCUGGGGAACAACGGGUCUGACCUACCCGAAGUUCAGCGACGUCACGGGGAGAGUGAAGCUGCCCAAAGAGAGCUUCAAGCCCUCACCUGGAUGGACCUGGGCUGGAGACUGGUUCAUCAGCCCCGAGAGGACGCUGCUGUUUGACGUGGAUGCCGGUCACAUGACCUUCACAGAGGAGGUGUUUGAGAACCAGAUGAGGUUACCGGGCGGACAGUGGAUCGGCAUGCCGGAGGGCUACACCGACGUGAACGGGGAGAAAACGGUGCCGAAGGACGAGGUGGAGUGUCCUCCUGGGUGGGUGUGGGACGAGGUGGAGUGGAGCGAAGAUCUCAACAGAGCCGUUGAUGAUCAAGGUUGGGAGUACGGCAUCACCAUUCCUCCGGACCGCCGACCAAAGUCUUGGGUUCCUGCAGAGAAGAUGUACCACACCAACCGGAGGAGGCGAUGGAUCCGGAUGAGACGGAGAGACCAGCAGAAGAUGGAGGCUCUCAGGAAGCAGCGACCGGAUGAUUCAGACAGGGAGGGCUGGGAGUACGCCUCGCUGUUCGGCUGGAACUUCCACCUGAAGCCCAGGAAGACGGACAGCUUCAGGAGGCGCAGGUGGCGCUGCCGCAUGGAGCCGCUGGAGAAGACGGGACCGGCCGCCAUCUUUGCUCUGGAAUGUUCUCUGAGCAGCAUAGAGGACAAACAUGACGACAAGUCAGUCACCACCACUUUUGGAGUCAACAGACCAACCAUUUCCUGUUUCUUUGACCGCGGGACCCGCUAUCACCUGCGCUGCUACAUGUAUCAAGCGAGAGACCUGCUGCCAAUGGACAAAGACAGUUUCUCAGACCCCUACGCCAUCGUGUCGUUCCUCCAUCAGUCCCAGAGGACGGUGACCGUCCGCAACACCCUCAACCCCACCUGGGAUCAGACGCUCAUCUUCUACGAGGUGGAGAUUUUCGGAGACCCCGAUGCGACGGCAGCCAAUCCCCCCAACAUUGUGGUGGAGCUUUAUGACGAGGACUCAUAUGGAGCGGAUGAGUUCAUGGGUCGCUGCGUGUGCCAGCCGUCCCUCGCUCCAUUGCCUCGACUCGCCUGGUUCCCUGUUCACAGAGGGAGUUCGAGCGCCGGCGAGCUGCUGGCCGCCUUCGAGCUCACACGUAGAGAAAAGCCAGCAGUUCACCACCUUCCAGGACUAGAGGGUGAUGCCAUCAGUUCAACCCACGUACUGGACGAGUUGAUGUUUCCAGGAUUCCUGUCUGAAAACCUGCAGCAAUGGCCAGAUGAGUCGGACCUUCCCUAUCCGCCCCCCCAGAGAGAACCCAAUGUCUUCAUGGUUCCCCAGGGGAUCAAACCCGUUCUGCAAAGAACGGCCAUUGAGAUCUUAGCGUGGGGCGUUCGAAACCUAAAGAGCUUCCAGCUGUCCAGUGUUACGUCUCCCAGCCUGCAGGUGGAGUGUGGAGGCAGCAUGGUGCAGAGUUGCGUCAUCCGCAGCGUGAAGAAGAAGCCAAACUUUGGCGUCAACACGCUCAUCCUUGAUGUGAGACUUCCCCGUGAGGAGCUCUACAUGCCGCCCAUCAUAAUCAAAAUUAUUGACAACCGUCAGUUUGGGAGGAAGCCGGUGGUCGGUCAGUGCACCAUCCGGUCGCUUGAGGAGUACCGACGCACAGAGGAGGAGGAGCGAGCAGAGGAAGAGGAGGAGGAGGAAGGGGACAGAUGGAGACGCGAGACACAGACGUUGACCUCUGGGGAAGUCUUUGUUGACAUUGAUGAUCAGGAGCCGCUUGUUCCUGACCAGUUUGCAGAUGGAGCCAGUUCAGCUAUCAUUAACCUCUCGACCUCUAGUUCCAGCCUGCAUAUGUUACAGUGGGGAGAGGAGUCCAUGGAUUGGUGGAGUAAAUUCUACGCAUCCAUCGGAGAAAAAAACAAAUGUGGUACUUACUUAGAGAGAGGCUUCGACACCCUGAAGGUUUAUGACCAGGAGUUGGAGAAGGUUGAAGGUUUUGAGGGUCUCUCUGAUUUCUGCCAAACAUUCAAACUGUACAGAGGAAAGACUCAGGAUGAAGGAGAAGACCCUUCAGUGGUGGGAGAGUUCAAGGGUAUGUUUAAGAUCUACCCGGUGCCAGACGACCCGUCAGCUCAUGCUCCGCCCAGGCAUUUCAGGAAGCUGCCUCCCAACGGCAUCGAGGACUGUCUGGUCCGGGUCUACGUCAUCCAGGCCCAAGGACUGCAGCCCAAAGAUGCCAAUGGGAAGUGUGACCCUUAUGUCAAGGUCACCUUGGGGAAGAAGACCAUCAGUGACCAUGAGAACUACAUCCCCUGCACCUUGGACCCGGUGUUUGGAAGGUUGUUCGAGCUCAGCUGCUCCCUCCCUCUGGAGAAGGACCUGCGGGUGACGUUGUACGACCACGACAUGCUCACCAAAGACGAGAAGAUCGGAGAGACGCUGAUCGACCUGGAGAACCGCUUCCUGUCCAAAUAUGGAGCCACGUGCGGCCUGCCGCAGUCCUACUGCAUAUCAGGGGUCAACCAGUGGAGGGAUCAGCUGACUCCCAGGCAGCUGCUCUGCAGGCUGUGUGAACGACGAAACCUGAGGAAACCCGUGUAUGAAGACGAAGCAGUCCGGUUCAGAGGGCAGAGACACACGGCCGCAGACCUGGAUGACGGAGACGUGUCCAAGCGAUACCUCGGUCCACUCAAGGAGCGGCUGUCCCUUCACAUCUUGAGGAAAAUGGGCCUGGUACCCGAGCAUGUGGAGGUCCGACCGCUUUUCAGCCCGCUGCAGCCCGACAUAGAGCAGGGGCGACUGAUGAUGUGGGUGGACGUCUUCCCCAAGUCUCUUGGACCGCCUGGACCCCCGUUCAACGUUACGCCACGCAAGGCCAAGAAGUUCUUCCUGCGUUGCAUCAUCUGGAACACCAGCGACGUCAUCCUGGACGAUGUCAGCGUCAGUGGCGAAAGGAUGAGCGACAUCUACAUCAAAGGUUGGCUCGACGGACAUGAACACAACAGGCAGAAGACGGACGUCCAUUACCGCUCACUGGGCGGCGAGGGAAACUUCAACUUCAGGUUCCUGUUUCCCUUCCAAUACCUGCCAGCAGAACAGCUCUGCGUCGUCGAUAGGAAGGAACAUUUCUGGAACAUCGAUAAAACUGAAACCAAGCUGGCUCCUAAACUCACCAUUCAGAUCUGGGACAAUGACAAGUUCUCCUUUGACGACUACCUUGGCCACGUGGCGAUGGACCUGAACCACAUGCUGCGUCCUGCUAAGUCCCCAGAGAAAUGCACCCUGCAGACACUGGACCAACCCACGGACAAACUGGUGUCUCUGUUUGAACAGAAGACGGUCAAAGGGUGGUGGCCCUGCACCUGUGAGAAAAACGGGGAGAAGAUCAUCGCGGGGAAGGUGGAGAUGUCUCUGGAGAUAGUGACGGAGCAGGAACAGGAGGAGAGACCAGCCGGGCUCGGCAGGGACGAGCCCAACAUGAACCCACACCUGGAGGAGCCUCAGCGUCCUGAGACGUCCUUCCUGUGGUUCUCCUCCCCCUAUAAGACCCUCAGGUUCAUCGUGUGGCGGCGAUUCAAAUGGUUAAUCAUCCUUUUCAUCAUCCUCUUCCUCAUCUUCCUCUUCCUUGGUGUCUUCCUCUACUCCUUCCCGAACUAUGCUGCCAUGAAGAUGGUUGGACCGUUUGGACCACCCAAAGCUAAUGGUCUAUGAAGAAGAAAUGUGAGAAAUAAGAACAAAAAGUCAAAAUUAUAAUGGGAAAAACAUUUUUGAAAGUGAAAAUCAUGAACCAAAACUCUGUACCUUUAUUAUAUCCCCUACAUCACGACCCAACACAGAUUUAUUUUAGCGUGCGCUAACACUCGGUUCUCUGAUGAAACAAUUCAGAACAUCUGCAUGAUAAAAAAAACAAACAAAAACAUUUUUAAUGCAUUAAGAUGCAAAAUCAAGGCAGGCAGUAAUCCAAAGAUACUUUAUUUAUCCGAAAGAGAAAUUAAAUGUUGUUGCAGAUGGGGACGCUGUGGUCAGGAAGAAUCUCCACUACCAGUCAGUCUUCCAAUGCACCUGUAGAAGCCUCUGACUGAAGACUGUUCCAUGACAUCCUAACAGCUGAAUAAACAGGAAGCAGAGGUGAUUUUCUACAGUAUAACAUCCUGAAUGACAUCGAUUGUUUUUUGCUAGCAAUGCUAAUCCACCUAAUUUCCUUUGCUGCUCCGCUUUAAGUAAAGCCGAGCAGAGAGAUGCUGGAGUAGGGGAUAUGAUGAUGUGAUUCUUCUCUCUCUGCCUCCUUUUUCUACUCCUCUUAGAUUUGAGGUCAAAGUUCAGGUGUUAUUUGAAUUUUUGAGAUGCUAAACAGCUGCUUUUAGUUGUAAAAACAAUACUUUGUUGCUAUGGUUACGGAUCAUAAUUGUCCAAAAGUAGAAAAAAGAAGGAAGAGCAAAAGCCUAAACUGUCCAGACUUGAAAUGUUUCAACCAAAUAAAUUUUGAACAAAAGUAAGAUGUUGGUUUGUUUUGCUCAGAAUCUCGGUGAGGUCACAUGAUGCGUUCGGGUGUUGUGGGAUUUCUUAUUAGAAACAAAUUAAUAUCUCCUUUAUUAGCAUUUUCCUGUUUGCCUUCACUUAAUCGUCUUUAUUUAAUUUAACAUUUUUGUUUCUGCCUCUUUUGUCUCUUAUUGUUAGUCGCCUUUCUACUCCAGGGGUGUUCAAUGUGCGGCCCAGGGCCAUUUGUAGCACUUGCUCUGAUUUUUUUGUGGCACCCAACUUUUCAUUUUUAAUCGUCGUAAAGUUAUUGACAUAAUUUGUUUGCAAUUAAAAAUAUUAAUUACAAUUCAAAGUAUUGUUUUUACAACCAAACUUUUAGAAACUUUCACUGAAAAGUUGAUUGAUCUGAGCAUAAAUCAGCUCUUAUUUAAUUUACUAAACUCUUCUAAAUAUAUAGCAAGUAUUUUAGAAAAAGUGACCCAAAUCCUGGUCUUGAAUACAUUUGUUCAUCUCAUCAAAAAAUAAUUUAAAAACUAAAUUUUAAUGUAGAAAAUUAUCAAAAUUCUUGCUAAUGAAUGAAUAACAUCAAUUUCCUACAAAAAAACCUAAACAACCACGCUGCUUUAUUCACUUGAUUUUAGUAAUUUGUAUUUCAUUAUUAUUUUAUUAUGGUAAAAUAAACACUAAAAACAGC